CGUCUUCGAGCGUCUUCCAUAUAUAACAAAAUAAAAUAAACCUCGCAGUUACACUGGAUAGGAGACCAGGUGGUAUAAGUCAACGUCUAAUUAAUGAAUGGCUAUGGAAAUCAAACACCCAAUUAAUGCUUAUGGAAUGAAUACUAAGGAGGGUACUCGGCAUUCGAAUGAGGACCAACAUCUAGUUGUAUGCCCUCUAACCGUAGAUCGCCAGGGACGUGACAUUUUUUUCGCCGCAGUCUACGAUGGACACGGUGGUUUUUUAUGCUCGAGCUAUUGCCAGAGGUUUUUGCACAAAAAUCUGGCUGUAGCCCUGGGAAAGCUAAUCAACUACAGCGAUGAAAGCGUUAUAAGCGAUGAAUUGUUUAUUUAUGCCAUUUUCGCUGCUUUUGAAAAAACAGAAAAAGAUUUUCUACUUUUCUCAGCUUUGAUGAAUGACUAUUCUGGCUCUUGUGUUAAUAUGUUAUUGAUUUACGAAACUCGUAUUUUUGUCGCGAACUUGGGUGAUUCCAAGGCUCUAUUAGCUAAAACUUCUCCAAAAGGUGGAGUGCAGCCGUUUGAACUAAGUCGCGAUCACAAAGCAAAUCUGGAAAAAAAAAGAAUUGAAAAAUUGGGCGGCUACGUGAGGUUUAAAAGGGUCAAUGGCACUCUGGCUGUUUCUAGAGCUAUUGGGGAUAGGACGUAUAAAAAGUUAGCUAGAGAUGAUUUUGUUUCGUACAAGUUUUUAUAUGAAGAAGAUACGGAAAUUAUCAAAACGUUAAUAGGUCUUGUUAGAGGCAGCAGAAGAAGCAGCCGAUCUGGAAGAAGUAGGUUUGCUUUAUCUGUAUCAAUCCCUGAUACUCAGCAGGAGAAAGCAAACGCGCUUAGGGAAUUUGAAAACAUUGUUAACGAUUGUGACGUGGGGUCAGUAAAAAAAAAAAGAAGAGAUGAUCGGCAUAGUAGUAUUGCAGUUGAAUAUGGGAGAAAACCAGUUUAUGACACAGAACGUUCUAGAUUGCCAAAUACGGUAUAUAGCAGAGAUAUGAUGGAUUGCCCAGCUUCCAAAUCUAAAAAAGAAAACGAGUUGAUCACAUUCGAUCAAGCGUUGAACGAAUUAGGCGCCACAGUCGAUUCUAUGCGAAAAAAAAAUUUUAAAAAAAAAACAGAGGAGCUGUUUAAGAUGACGAUUUCCUAUCCUACAAAGUCAGUAGGAAGUUUGAAAAGUCCACUGCCAACUUCGGAACGCGAUUUGCAAUCCCUUGUUAGUUCCUCCCCUGAGAUUACUGUGAUGAGAAGAAGUCUGCAGGACAAAUUUCUAGUUUUGGCCACAGAUGGAUUUUUUGACAUGUUUGAACCUGAAAAGGUGGUCAGUUCAAUUCAUAAGUACUUGAAGGCAAAUGAAGAGAUCAAUCUGAAUUCAGUAUGCCAAAGUCUGUGUGAAGAUGCCGCUGAUAUGGGAAGCAAGGAUGAUAUCACGGUCGUGCUGGUAAAAUUCUAGUUGUUUUGCGUUUGUGUCAAUUUUUACUGUGUUAAUAGCUGCUGCAAUAUAAUAUUCAGGACCAUGCGUAUAAUGAACUUCUGGUGAAAAGCAGAAAAAAAUUUGUUAUAAAAAUUUUUUCGUCAAAAAGGGGAUGGAUGACAGAGAUAAUAUGCAGCGAAAAGUAAUAAUCUUAUUGUAAAAAUAUUAAAUAAUCAACUAAA